CUGUGGGAAGGGGGAGAAGGAACUACUGUAAGAGUAAGAAAGUCCUGCCCAGCUGUUUGCGAAGUUUAAGAUUUCCUGUUUCCCCUGCAGCGCCGAAGUGCCGUGUUCAGUGAGUCACCCGCGGUCCCGAGCCGCGGAGCCGCGCAGCCCGCUCCCAGCCCUGCCGCGGCCUCCCGCUGCCUGCCCGGCCCUGCGCCCCCCUCCCGUGCCGAUCCGGCUCCGCGAUGAUUCCCUGUCUGCCGAGGAGCCUGCGGCCGCUGCUUCCGCGCCUUUCCCUCUGGGUCCUCAUGGGCUGCUCGGUCCCCGCUCUGCUUCGGGCUGAAAUUAUGUCACCUGUAGACAGAACUAAGGAAAAUGGAUUACAAAUGCCAAACCUAUGCAAAUUUUGUGACAUUAAAGUAACAACCUGCUCAAACCAACAUCAGUGCAAGAGCAACUGCAACAUUACUUCUAUUUGUGAGAAGAAUAAUGAAGUCUGUGUUGCUAUAUGGAGACAGAAUGAUGAAAACGUAACGUUAGAAACAAUAUGCCAUGAUCCCCAGAAAACACUGUAUGGUCAUGUGUUGGAAGACUCCAACUCAGAGCAGUGUUUGAUGAGGGAAAAGAAGGAAGAUGGGGGACUGAUGUUCAUGUGUUCCUGUACCGGUGAAGAAUGCAAUGAUAUGCUCAUUUUUCCAUCAGAUGACCCUCAUAAGCCGGAGGAGAAAGAUGAAAUUUCCAAAGUUGCAAUCAUAAGUCUUGUCCCAUUACUGGUGAUUUCUGUUGCUGUCAUUGUUAUCUUUUAUGCCUACCGCACUCAUAAGAAGAGGAAACUCAACAAAGCAUGGGAGAAGAAUGUUAAGCCCAGGAAGCAUAAGGACUGCAGUGAUGUUUGUGCCAUUAUGUUAGAUGAUGACCGCUCAGACAUCAGUUCUACCUGUGCCAACAACAUCAACCACAACACAGAAUUGCUGCCCAUUGAGUUGGACAUUGUUGUUGGCAAAGGAAGGUUUGCUGAAGUGUAUAAAGCCAAACUGAAGCAAAACACAUCAGAGCAGUAUGAAACUGUGGCAGUCAAGAUUUUCCCCUAUGAAGAAUAUGCCUCCUGGAAGACUGAGAAAGACAUAUUUUCAGAUGUAAACCUCAAGCACGAGAACAUCCUCCAAUUCUUGACGGCAGAGGAGCGUAAGACAGAUCUUGGUAAACAGUACUGGUUGAUCACUGCAUUCCAUGCUAGAGGAAACUUGCAGGAGUAUCUCACACGGCACAUUAUCAGCUGGGAGGACCUCUGGAAACUGGGUGGGUCCUUGGCCCGAGGGAUUGCUCAUCUACAUAGUGAUCACACACCCUGUGGUCGCCCCAAAACACCUAUUGUGCAUAGGGACCUAAAAAGUUCCAACAUCCUGGUGAAAAAUGAUUUGACCUGCUGUCUCUGUGACUUUGGCCUAUCCCUGAGGCUGGACCCUUCUUUGUCUGUGGAUGACUUGGCUAACAGUGGACAGGUUGGCACAGCAAGGUACAUGGCCCCUGAAGUUCUAGAGUCCAGGAUGAACCUGGAGAAUGUGGAGUCCUUUAAACAAACAGAUGUGUACUCCAUGGCUUUGGUCCUCUGGGAAAUGACAUCUCGCUGUAAUGGUGUUGGAGAAGUGAAAGAGUAUGAGCCCCCAUUUGGCUCUAAAGUGCGAGAACACCCCUGCGUGGAAAGCAUGAAGGACAGUGUCCUUAGAGACAGAGGGCGACCCGAGAUCCCCAGCUCCUGGCUUCACCAUCAGGGCAUACAGAUGGUGUGUGAAACUCUUACUGAGUGCUGGGACCAUGACCCCGAGGCCCGGCUCACAGCACAGUGUGUUGCAGAACGCUUCAGUGAGUUCAAGCAUCAUGACAAGCUCUCAGGAAGAAGCUGUUCGGAGGAGAAGAUCCCUGAAGAUGGCUCUGUGACCACUGCCAAGUAGUGUGCACCCGAGAGCUCCGAAACGGAGGGAAAUCACUCCUAGAUGCAUUCACCUUGGCAAAGGAAGAAGUCUCAGUUGUUGAUUUGACUAACUUCCUGGGGGACUGAGGCUGUCACUACUCCCUGUAAGCUCUGGCUCUGGAUAGGGAGAUGUAUUCAUGGGAAUUAAGAGCCAGGAGUAGGUGUCAUACCCUAGCACUGGCUGCUGGCAUCAUGUCAUAGGAGGAGCUAUGUAUGUUAGCACUUCCUCAGGAAAUGGGAUUUGAAAAUAGCUAAUAACAUUAUGCACUUUAUUAAUGCCUGUAUAUAACUAUGAAAAUGCUAUUUUUAUAUAUAUAUACAUAUAUAUAAAAUGUGUGUAUGUAUAUAUAUAUCUAUCUAUAUAUCUAUAAACAGCCAUGCUCUGAAAAAAAAAAGAGUUAAAACAAAACCAAGUGCUUCCAGGUAAUUACCGGUGUGUUGGAGAUCCCUCCGCUUAGGGUCGGAGACUGGGGAGACUGGCAUAGCACAACACCAGCAAUUGUGCACUAAGCAUUCUGCCAAAAAGAUAGGAAUACUAUGUGAUAAGAAGAUGGCUUUCAAAGCAUGUGCAGUAACCAGCUGGCUGUGGGCCUGCAGUUCACAGUUGCAGGAGCAGUCUCACAUAGGACAGACCAGUUUGGCUUUGCAGUUGUAGCUGCAUGGUCCAGUCUGCAGCACAUCUUGGAAGGUCAGGCAUGCCUUUGCCCUUUCACCUUAACCCCAACAUCCUCAGUGUCCCAGAAUGGGAGUGCACAGAGUUUUGGUCCCUCCCAAAACUGUUUUGAUAUCUGUUUUGAUUCAGAGGUCAUUAACGUUACAUGUUUAUUGCUUUGAACUCAAGCUGCUUGCAAGCAGGUUGCAAAACAUCAGCAGGAUGAGUUUUUCCCUCCUCCCAUCCCCACCCCAAACCAUACAAAACAAGACAGGGCCAGCAAUCCAAGCAGAUGUUUUAUAUUUGCUGUGCUUUCUGAGUGCAGGCAGUACUAUUUUUUUCCAUUCCUUUUACCUUGAUUGUGCUGCUGUAAGAGCAAGCAUUUUUUUCCCUAUACAUCAUGUCUAAUUGCUUGACACUCCAAAGUCCAAGUGUCCUCUGUGUUUCCUAGAGAAAAGUAAAGAAAAUCGCCAGUGCCUUUUAUUUUUGCAGAAGAACCUUGGAUGGGAGGGAAAGUUCCAUGGCAUUAGGUUAAUGGCAUAUCCUGCUGUCAGCACUGCUUGCAUAUAGGGCAGCUCAGCAGUUAAGAGAAACAAACCAAAAACCGAAGAAAGACAAUUCGUUCCAAAAGCAUCCCUCAGACACUGCUUGCAUUCUUUUGGUUCUCCAAAAUAUUUAAGGCAGUUGAUAUCACAUUUGGCCUAUAUAAAUGACAGCAGUGUGUUUAAUAAGUGCUAAUAGUUUUGUCUUCAGGAGUUUUGCAAUGAUUUUUCCAUAUUAUUCUUCCCUACAGCAUGUAAGCAGGCCUUGGUAAUUAGAAAUUCAGCCAGCACAAACCAGCCCUCUACAGAUGUAGCUGGUGUAAUUUAUUAAACACAAACAGUGAUAUUUCUCUAGAAGACAUUGCUGUGUUCAAAUAGGAGUUAAGGUUUAUGUUGACAAAUAUUUUAUUUGAAAUGAUUUUGUAUCCUUUCAUUUUAACCAAACUACUCAGAAGUAUUUAAGCAGAGCAGGGCAACAGUGGAAUUCAGAGGUUAUUAUGUCAAAUUUUAUAGGGGGCAGGGGAUGUUUUUCAUAGAAAUAGUGAAGUGCAGGAAGGGGCAAGGGCUGCUGGCAGGGGCUGCAGGAGUGGGGUCCACUGCUCUCUACCCAUGCACCUUGGCUGCCCAGACUGCAGCCCGUUUCUCUUCCUUUAUCCAUGCCGAAGGUCAAGGCAUGGUGUUCAGUAGUUCCUGACAAUACUGACAUUUUAUGGGGGUUUUUGUACUACUACAUGUAAAGGACAAUUUUAUUCUUUUAAGGAAUAUUUCACCUGUACAUCAUGUAUGAAAUAGGAAUGUGAACAAUAUAUACUCUUGUAUAUUGAAAGUUUCAAGCACUUAACUUGCUUUGUAAACUGUUUGGGGGUUUUGGUCUGUUUUGUUUUGUGUAAAGCAAAUGUUUAUUGGAGCAAAUAAAAUAACACAAUCUCCA